AUGUUUAUUGAGCCCACUGUCUGCUGCCCACCCCCUGUCCCUCAACUCUGCAAUCCACUGUCAAACGAUGCUCUAGACCUCUCCAAGGUGCCCUCUGAGUACCACAACCUCCGGGAGGCUCAGACAUUUUCUCCCCACCGACCUUAUGACUGUGCUAUAGACCUUCUCCGAGGGCCCCAACUUCCAACCAGCCACCGCUGCCACUUGUCAUACCCGGAGAAAGAAGCUAUGGAGAACUUUAUCUCGGAGUGCAUAGCAGCAGGACUCAUCCGUCCUUCCUCCUCUCCAUGCAGUGCGGGGUUUUUCUUCAUCAAGAAGAUGAAAAAGACUCAGAGCGUGUGUGUCCGCCCCUUUCGUCUCGUCCCCACCCCUCGUGACAUAGAGAGAAGCAUCAAGGACAAACUAGCUAAAUCCUAUUUUCUUCAAAUAUCAAAAUCCACCAUACAGCACAAGAAGCCCAGCAAAGAGACGGAACUGGUUCAGGCUUUUAUGCAAAGACUUUUGAGAGCAGAUUACACAGCAAGACACCUUUUCGUCAAAAAUGAUUCAACAGUGCCAACAGUUGAGAACAUAGCUACAGAAGAUGUCUACAGUGCUUUGUUUAAAGACAACCCUGUAAGCAGAAAAACAAAACAGUCCAACAUUCACCCAAUGGAUGUUCAGAUGGUUGUUUUCCUUUGUGCAGAUCAUUUUCUUAAACAAGUCAUGGUAACCAAGCUGUCAGAGUGUCAGUACGCCAUUCCUCUGCUGGUGCCCAAUCCCUUCACCAAAAAGACUGAAUUUCCCCUAUGGACACUGAGCGAAAUCAAGAGGAGCUGGAAGACAACUGAUCCUUCAGGCAAAGCCAUCAGCAGGGACUUGCAUGUGUACAAAGCAGAAACUCCAAUGGUGGCGUUCUUCAGGUUCGACUCAGUGUCUUUAUCAAAGUCUCAGUUGAUGAACAACCUGAUUAAUGAGAAGCACAACACAUUCUUCCACAGACAUUGUCCAGGCAGCAGUAACAACCGUCUACUGAUGGAGGGAGUGGUGGAGAUUGCCUGGUACUGCCCAUCGGGGAAUAGUUCAGACCAUUUCUCUGAAUGUGUCGCCUUCUGUAACCUACAUGGUGAUUCCAGCAACAAUCAAACUCAAAGAGAAAUUAUUACUCAAAUGGCCUCUGUAAAUGUUGUCAUUUUGUCUAGUCUUGAUGGGAAUGACAAUAAUAUGGCAAUCGUAAAGAAGCUUUGUAACUCCUCAACACCUCUUAUUGUUCUUCUUACUGAUGAAGAUGAUGAUGAUGCUGUGAGCCAAUUUGGACAAGGAAAAUACAGAAUAAGACUGAAGGGCAGAAAUCAGGCAGAUGUAUCUGCUGCACUCAGAUCUGUGAUCAACGACUGUCUCCUACAAAGACCGACGAUGUUCAACCCUGAGAAUAUCAAUAAAUAUUCAGUGGUCAGUGUGGAUGAAGACAAUGAGAGCUGUAGGAAAGGAAAGGAAGCAGCACAAAAUAUAAUGAGGUUUCUGGAGGGAAAAGAGCCUUCCAAAAUUAAAGAAACAUACCUGCCCUGCCAGGGAAAACUGUGGCAUGACUGGUGCCAGAAGAGCAAAGAGCUACGACGACUUCAAAGUAACACAGAAGCUGAUGUCAGCAAAAAACAAUUUGAAAUGAAGGAAAUAAGAUGGAAACAGCAGGGACAUGGCUUUACUGAGCUCAUGGGAUUGUUUGUUGGAGCUUUACACUCACUUUCAAACUCUGAGAGAAUUUAUUUUCUCCAGUGGACUAAAAUUCAGCUGGAUGAGCUCAGUUCAGGCAAACUCUCUGAACUCCGUGAACAAUAUGACAGAAAAUGGAAAAAACUCUUGACAUUGAAAAGAGACCAUGACAAAUGUCCAACAUCAAAAACAGGUGACAAACUGAAAGCUGAACAAUUCAAUUUAGAAAUAAUUUCCAAAAAACUUAACGCUGCCACUUUUGGUUUAGAGCACAUUCUGAGAGAGGUGGGUCAGAUUUAUGAAGCCUCAGUCUCAGAAAAAAAGAACCCGACAAGAACAACAUUUGGAGACUUGUCUUACCUGCCAACAUAUGCUGCUGAACUGUUGAUAUCUGGACACCCAAUGGAACUGAUGGAUGGUGAUACAGCGUAUGUUCCUCUGAUCUGGAUUUCAGCUGUUCUAGAUGAAGUCAUUAGGAAAUUAGGGGACCUGCGAGUCUUUGUCCUGUCAGUUUUAGGUAUUCAGAGCUCUGGAAAGUCCACCAUGCUAAAUGCCAUGUUUGGACUCCAGUUUGCAGUAAGUGCAGGAAGAUGCACCAAAGGAGCCUUCAUGCAGCUGGUCAGAGUGUCUGAGGAGAUGAAGAAGGAGCUGAGGUUUGACUACAUUCUGGUCAUAGAUACUGAAGGUCUCAGAGCUUUGGAACUAGCUGGAAACAAUACCAUACAUCACGACAAUGAACUUUCCACAUUUGUUGUGGGUCUGGGAAAUUUGACAUUAGUUAAUAUCUAUGGAGAAAACCCAUGUGAGAUGCAGGAAAUCCUUCAGAUUGUUGUUCAUGCAUUCCUGAGGAUGAAGCAGGUCAGACUGAACCCCAGCUGCAUAUUUGUACACCAAAAUGUUACUGAUAUUGCAGCUAAAGAGAAGAUCAUGGAUGGAAGAAUACAUUUGCAGGCCAUACUGGAUAAAAUGACCAAACUAGCAGCAAAAGAUGAAUUAAACUACGCUGAGAACUUUAGUGAUGUCAUUGCAUUUGAUGUAGAGCAUGACGUAAAGUAUUUUGCACAGCUCUGGGAAGGCUGCCCACCCAUGGCACCACCAAACCCACGCUACAGUGAGAACAUUCAAGAACUAAAAAGAGAAAUUAUUUCUCGUGCAUCAGAUACAAAUGGCUUGAAAUUAUCACAGUUUCAGAAGCGAGUGAAGGACCUGUGGGAGGCUCUGCUGGAUGAAGACUUUGUUUUUAGUUUCAAGAAUGCACAGGAGAUUUCAGUGUACAGGAAACUGGAACAGGAGUAUGGGAAAUGGGCCUGGAGCCUAAGGAGUGCCAUGCUGGGUAUAGAAGAUAAAAUGCUUAACAGAGUUGCUAGUGGAAAUGUAGAGACAAUCCAAAGAGAAGAUCUGAUGAAGGAAAUGGAACAGACUCUAGAAGAUGUCCAAAAGGCAUUCAACUCCUAUUUUGAUAAAGACAAUGAAAAGGAAACACUGAUUCAGUGGAAAUUCAGAUUUGAGACCCAAAUUCAGCAUCUUCAUGAUGAUCUAAUAAAUGAUGCAAAAAGAAAAGUGGAUGACAGCAUUCAACAGAGACGCCUCCGAAAGAGGUUGGAUGAGGAACUGAAAACAUAUGAGAAGAGACUCUUUGAGAAGAGUAAAGAACUUGCUUUAAAACUCAAAGGAAAUGUUGAUAAGGAAUCAAAUGCAAAAGCAGAAUUUGAUUCAAUGUGGGAGGGCUGGGUCUCUGAACUGACUAGACAAGCUCCUAUAAUCAAAGAUGUAAACACAUCAAAGGAUGUCACUGAUGUUCUGGUGGAGUUAUAUGGAUACGACAUGGCUCAUAAACGAAAUUCUUACGAAAGCAUUGAGAGUUUGAAUGAAUACAACAGCUACGUCCCUAAAAGGAAUAGCUUGUUUUGGAGAGAUCCCAUGUCAUUUUUAAGUGGAAGUGUUCUUAAACCAGAGGAUAACAAAUCCAUUCGGGAUCUGAUUUUCAAGACCACAGAACAAACCAAAACAAAAGUGGAGUCAUUUCCAUUCUCAGCACAAGGAUACAAUUCACACUACAUCCAAGAAAUCUUACGUGAUGUCAGAACCCUGGUGCUGAACUUUGAAUCGGAUUUGAAGAGAAAUCGAAAGAUGUCUGAAGAUGUCUGUGUCCUAAACAAAGCUUUCUAUGUAGAUCUCUCACUUUAUGUGUUUGAUCAAGUAAAGGAAUGCAUUGCUGAGCUUCACAGGAAAUACAAAGAAGCAAACGAUCCAGUUACUUACUUUGAGAAGAAAAAGCCUGAGUACUUCAACAUCUUCCAGAAAUACUGGAAAGGAGCAACAUCAGCAGCAAUACUUGGAGACCAAGUUUGUAGUAAACUAAAAAAACAGAUGGUUCAGAGUGUCUACAACAGGAUUGCUCAAGUCUUCUGUGGACAAAUAAGAGAGAAAGAACCAUUUAAUGGGAACAGAGCUGAUCUGGAAAAAUACAUUCUGAAAUCCCUGGCAGAGCAGCUCGGAAAUAAGGACGAGAAGUUUCAUAAGUACUUAACAUACAUGUACUACCCUAGAACCCACUUUGAAGGGUUCAUCAAGGACAAAGUUAAAGAAUUCAUGGCAGCAGAAAAUUCUCAAGCUGUUUCUGCAAUCAGAGGUUGUAUUGAUCACAGAGAGAAACUAGUCAUGGGUGCUGCAAAAUUGGCCACCGCUAGAGCCAGACAAGUCAACUGGGAUGCAAACAAGUGGCUGGAUUUUUUUUCAAGCAGUCUUGCAGAUGACUUAGGAGACACUAGAGUUCAAUUAUGUGACGAGGAGACUAAAAACAGCAUCAACUAUGAUGUGCUUGUUGAUGUUAUAAAGGAAAAGCUCUCAAAUGUUGUUGAAGAGCUGAAGAGAAACCUUAGUAAGCUUUCAGACCUCAGGAUGGAGAAGUUCAGAGAAAGGCCUGAUGAGAUCCUAAUCAAACACUUCUGCAGGUGCUGCUGGGAGCAGUGCCCCUUCUGUGGAGCCGUCUGUACCAACAGUCAGAAAAACCAUCCUGGAGAUCACAAUGCUGAUUUCCAUCGCACAUCUGGACUGAACGGAUUGCAUCAUAAAGAUACAACAGAGUUUUUCAUAGAGUUUUGCACUGCAGCAGUCGCAAGUGACAAUUCAUUCUACCCAACCAGUGAUUGUGAGAUCUCCAUCCCUUUCAAGCAGUACAGGAUGGCAGGAGGAAAGUACGCUAACUGGCUCAUCUCCACUGAUUUAUCUGAGCUAGCUUACUGGAAAUGGUUCAUUUGUGAAUUCCAGGAAAAUCUUGAAAAGCACCAGAAUAAACAGUUUAAUGGUAAAGGACAGAUUCCUGAUGAGUGGAAACAUUAUACUCAAUUACAUGCUGUUGAAAGCCGAGAUGGCAAUAGUAUCUUCAUUCCCCCACCAGCCUGUAGUCCUAAAAGAAUAAAGAAGCCCAUCCCCAUGGUGAUAUCUGAUCAGGGGACUCGCUGGGAUUUUGCACCCACGUGCACCAUUGACAUUGGAAGGCCUCAAGCAGAACCCCUGGAUUCACUUGCUGUUGACAUCAUCAUUGCACAAAAGGCAGAUCUUGGACUUAAGGGUAUCCUUUCAUCUAUGAAGGUGUCCGUGGAAGAGAGAAAAGCUAUUCAGGUCGCGACAGUGGGCCAAAACACUAAUCCCUUGUGGCACACCCUCAGACAGGGCAGGCUCACAGCUAGCAACUUUGGUGCUGUACUGCCAGCACUGCAGAAGGGAAGGAACGUGGCACCUUCCACUUUUAACCGUCUUCUGGAUCCAAAGCCACUGGACAACAUCCCCGCUAUCCAGUGGGGUAGGGAUAAUGAGAAAGAAGGAUUAAAAAAAUUUAAAGCUUUAACACAGAUGUCAGUCAAAGAGUCUGGUCUGUGGCUGUCAGCUUCAGGGGUGCUUGGUGCCUCUCCAGAUGGUCUAGUGGGGUUAUCAGCUCUACUGGAAGUCAAGUGUCCCUACAGUGUGUGGGACAUGACAAUUGAAGAGGCUGCCAAGAACAAGGAUUUUUACCUUCAAAAGGAGGGUGGAAUCUGGCAGCUUCAACAAACCCAUACAUAUUGGCACCAAGUGCAAGGGCAACUGCAUGUCACACAGCGGGACAUAUGUUACUUUGUUGUGUGGACAACUAAGGACUUUAAAAUAGUUAAAAUACCGCGAGAUGAAGCUUGGCAACCCAACCUGCAACUUCUUGAGCAGUUCUACAAAGACCAGAUGCUUCCAAGGAUACUUGAGAAGAAAAACUUGUAA